AUUGAAAACAUACCACAACGAAGUAUCACAAUAAAAAAAUUACAAGCCCAUUACCAGUGAAUUUCUCAUAUUUUUGGCUUAGCAUUUUCUUAAAGUCAUGGAAGACAGCUGUACCGAUGUCGUUUCUACUAUCUCUGUGCUUUUGGAAAGUGGAAAAUACAGAGAAGCUCUCAGUAUUCCAACUGAUAAUAAAUUCAUGCAAAGCUUUAAGGAUAACUGUACAGACCUUAUAUCUGAGGUGAUAAGCAAAAUUCAAGACGAUACAGCUGUAACAAAGCCUUCUUUGCAAAGUGCAUGUGAAGAAUUGCUUUCUAUAAUAAUCCAACGGGCCACUCCUGAAGAGGCAUUACUAGAACUGAUUGAACAGGUGGAAGUGUCUAAAAAUGAUGCACAGUUUAGCAUUAUCUUAAAUCCACUACAGCAAGUCCUUAAGAAGCUGACUAUCAAAAGAGGAAGAUCACUAGAGUGGUGUCUAAAUUCCAUCAGUACUUACAUAGAAUCCAUUCCUAUCCCUGAACAUCAAUUAGAGGGAAAAGAGCGUUUGCUAAUGGAUUGUGACCCCAAUGUGAGAAGAAUCACAAAGGUGUACUCUCAACUGCCACAGUUCUACCACCCUUUUAUAAAAGAAAUAACAGGCCCUGAGGCUAAUGUGAGAGCUAAACAAAUAAUUGUAGCAUUUUUGAUAAGCCUACUUGGGAAACCCCUCAUUUAUAUAGACUUGGAUCCUGAAGAAAAUGCAACUAGUGAACUUAGGCAAUGUUGUGCAAUAAUGGUGCAGGAUAUUUGCAAGAUUGAGAAAGAUAUUUUAAAGUUUCUCAUUUACUUAGAACUGUGUAGCAAAAAAAAACAAAAACAAGCCAGAAACUCUAACUAUGACAGUGAAGAGGAGCCAACCCCAUACCAGCAACAUGAGAAACUCAACAUGACCACCCUCUCAGGACUGUUUUACACAGUAUUUUCUGGGCACUUCAAUAUUCCAGAUUCAGCUCUACCUCAGGUUUACUCCAAUGAAUAUAUCAUCCACACUGGUUUGUUAUCAGCUGUGCAUUUCUUCUCUUUUACAGAGUUUGGUCCAUUGUCUAAAGCUCUAUCUCUCUCUAAAGCUCUCAUUUCUUACUUUCCUGAUAAUGUUUCUUAUUCACUAUUAUCAUCAUCUGUCCAUUUUGAUUUGUAUAAGGGAUUAAUAAAUGUUGCUAUAUACUCCACUUUUGAGUCAAUCCGUAAACAAGCUGUUAGUGUUAUAACUUUACAUGUAAAUAAGUUUGAUUAUAAGGGGAGAUGCAUGCUCAUAAAGUACUUGUUAGAUACUUCUAACCACUCUGGCAUGAUGGGAUAUGCUAUUACAUUGUACAAAGAUUCUGUGAAUGAGGCAUUUAAAAACCCACAAGAAUUCCCAGACUGUUUCUCUGGAGCACAACUCAAAAAUAUGAUAAAGAAAAUGUGUCAUUUGCCUCAUGGGGCGGAAUCCGACUUGAUGGAGCUUGGUGAUCAAAUCAUCUCCUGUCUGAACUUCUUGAGAUACUUAGCACUGAAGGACAUCAAUAAUGUCACUGGAAUAAGGGAUUGCUUUGGCUUCCUUGAGUCAGAAUAUUUGGCCAAGUUGAGAAUUGGUCUAAACAUGUCCAAAGCUCAUUAUGAAGUUAAACUCAGAGAUAUUGAGGAAGGGAAAGACCAACCUGAAGAAUUGGCUAAAGUGUCCAUCAACAUUGCUGGCAACAUGUUGGAUAACAUACCUGCAGAUAAGAAGAAGGAGAUAAUACAGUCAGCCUUGAAUGGAUUCCACAUGAUGGAAGGCCUGGUGGCACGGCUCACUGAAUGCAUCAAUGUGAACAAAAUGCAAGGGCUUACAAUGGAGUGUGAAUAACUAUCAAUAAAUGCUAUGCUUAUUUAA